AUGGGCAAUACUGUUUGGAAGGCUACGACAACAAAGGCGAAAGAGACGAAGGCGACAGCAACGAAUUUGACGGGAACCAAGGCGGCGACGACGAAGACUAAGGAGACGAUAUUGUUGCCCUCCACAAGGACCCUUUUUGCACUUUCUGUGGUGGUAGAGACGGAAAAUUGUUCAUCAUCAUCCUUUGAGAGUCUGUGUUGUGCAAGCUCUGGUAAGACAGCAACAAUUUCAAUGUUUCUUUAUCUUUGCAGAUUUUGUAAAAUAUGGAUGGAUUAUAGUAGACUUAGCAAAGUUUAUACUGAUGGAGUGGAGAGCUUUCUUAAUUUUGCAUUUAGGAGUCAACCAGAAGGAGGAAAAAUCCCAUGUCCGUGUCAGCAAUGUGUGCUUUACAAGUAUGGAAACAGAGCAGAGGUGUAUGAUCAUCUAGUUGUAAUUGGCAUUAUGCCAGGAUACAGGGUUUGGGAUCACCAUGGUGAGUCAAGGUCGAAUCCUAUUGAAGGUCAUCACCUAGAACAAGAAAUAUUUAGGGUUGAUAAUAUGAAUGAAAUGAUACAGGGAGCUUUAGGAGUGAACAACCUACAUGAGAAUAUGAAUAUAGAUGGAGAAGCUUUAGGAAAACAAACUGCAGAAGGAUUUUUUGCACAAGAACAUGAAAAAGCUAAUCAAUCUUCACAUGCCGAAAAAUGCUUGUUUAAGUGGAGCAAUAAGUCAUUUAGUGUGUUGCUUAAAAUGAUUAAAAAAGCGUUUCCUGUUGCUGAAACAUUUCCAAACUCCUUUAAUGGAGCAAAGAAGAUCAUUGAUCGAUUAGGUCUCCAAUACGAAAAGAUUCAUGCUUGUCCUAAUGAUUACAUGCUUUUUUGGAAAGAAAAGAGUAACAAUGAUGCAUGUUCAAUGUGUGGGGCAUCUAGAUGGAAAAAUGCUGAGAAUAAUUUGAUUAAUAAUACAUUGGGGAAAAAAAAGAGAACUCCAGCAAAGGUGUUAAGGUUUUUUCCUUUGAAGCCAAGACUCAAACGAUUAUACAUGUCAUCCAAAACAUCAGAAUUGAUGAAAUGGCAUGCAAAUGAUCGUAUUAAAGACGGUGCCUUAAGGCAUCCAGCUGAUUCAGAAGCGUGGAAGAGGUUCGAUUUACAAUAUCCAGAGUUUGCUAAGGACCCACGUAAUGUCCGAUUAGGGCUUGCCAGUGAUGGUUUCAACCCUUUUGGGACACUACAAAGUGUUUAUAGUACAUGGCCGGUGAUUUUAAUGCCAUACAAUCUACCACCAUGGUUGUGUAUGAAGCAACCAUAUUUCAUACUUUCUCUGUUAAUUCCUGGUCCAAAUGGCCCUGGUAACAACAUAGAUGUAUAUUUGCAACCUCUUGUACAAGAGUUGAUUGAAUUGUGGGAGGUUGGAGAAGACACAUUCGAUGCAUCAUCCAAAGAAACUUUCAAUCUGCGGGCAGCUAUAAUGUGGACAAUAAAUGAUUUUCCUGCAUAUGGUAAUUUGUCUGUUUGGUGUACCUAUGGUCGUUUUGCAUGUCCUAUUUGUAAUGAAGAUACUAGUUCUAUGCGAUUAAAGUAUGGAAAGAAAUUUUGUUACAUGUAUCAUCGUCGGUUUUUGGAUCAUAGCUCAAACUACCGAAAUGAUGCAAAAUCUUUUGAUGGGACCAAAGAAUUAAGAUAUGCACCGAUUGUACUAUCAGGAUCAGAAAUUUUACAUCAAAUGAGGGGGAUCAAGUUCAAUCUUGGUAAGGCUAGUGAUAAAGUUAGUGGGGUAAAGAAGGGUACAUGGAAAAAGAGAAGUGUUUUUUUCGAAGUUCCUUAUUGGGGUUUUAACUUACUGCGUCACAAUCUUGACGUGAUGCAUAUUGAAAAGAAUGUAUGUGACAACUUGGUGAGUACAUCGUUGAAUAUUGACAAGAAAUCAAAGGAUAACUUAAAUGCUCGAUUGGAUUUGAAAGAGUUGAAUAUCAGAAAAGAUUUAUGGCCCCAACAACGAGGUUCUGGGAGGACUUAUUUGCCUCCUGCUUGUUUUACCAUGACUGCACAUGAAAAAAAGCUUUUCUAUGAGGUUUUGGAGAAUGUUAGAUUUCCAGAUGGUUAUGCAUCAAAUAUUUCACGUUGUAUUCGAAAGAAUCGUAAAUUUUCAGGUUUGAAAAGCCAUGACUGUCAUGUCCUUAUGCAACAACUUCUUCCUGUCGCAUUGAGAGGAACUUUACCUAACAAUGUUAUUUUAACUCUUUGUAAUUUCGAGAGGAUAUUUCCACCAUCAUUCUUCACAAUUAUGGUGCAUUUAGUAGUUCACUUGGCAAGUGAAGCAAUGAUUGCUGGACCGGUACAAUAUCGUUGGAUAUAUUUGUCAACUUUGAAGUCUUAUGUGCGAAACAAAGCAUGUCCUGAAGGUUCUAUAGCAGAAGCGUACAUUGCGGCAGAAUGUUUACAUUCUGCUCUCGUUACUUAG